AUGGGGAAGUGUGGCUGCAAGAUCAAGAGGCUGAGAACUCACCUCUUCAACAGCAAGCAAGAACUAAAGACAGAACCGGAAAUCUGCUUCCUCAGCCCCAAAGUCCAACCAGGCUUUGCUGCUUUAGGCUCUCUACCUCAUGUCUGCCUUACGUUCUGGCGUUGUAAGCUGGAGUGGCUGAGCGAGUUUCUGAACCGUGAAAGACCUGGUUUCUAUGUGGAUGAGAACCGGAGAGUCUGGAUGGUCUCAAGCCUGUUCUUCACUCCUGGUCUGUUUCCAUUACAACCAACUUUACUCAGGCUUGGCACCUCUACGAUCAUCGUCUUAUGGCAGAUAAACUCCAUCAUGGGUUUCCCCCCGAUCCCCUUGAAUUUGACCGGUCUUCCUAUGAUGUGGCGGAAAGAAUCUUUGAUGUUUUACCGGGGGUCAGAUAACAAUGUCUGGAAAUUAGAGCAGCACUUCCAGAUUGACUCCCUAGAGCAACUGGUCCUAAAGCUGGACGGCUAUGUCGGUGCCGGGUCUGAGGCUCCCCAGCUGACCUAUCCCUCCAGCCCUGAUGAGAGCUGA